AUGUCUCCCGCGGCGAUAUAUGUUUCCCCUGUCGCGUCUCAGGACCAGCAGAAGGUUGCAGCGGUCCCGAUCAAGGGACCUGCUCUCGCCAUCGGUUCUCCUGCAACAGCGGCAGAUGGCAAGUACCAGUUGCUUAUUACCAGCCUCGAAGAGACCAGACGCGUUGAGAGACAGAUGGUGGACAGGUUGCUGGAUGGAGCUACGACGCUCACACCUUCGAGUUUUGCCUCGGUCCAUCUCUCACUCUCCCCUUCAGAGUAUGAUGCCAUCGCACCCAGGAUUUCCGAGCUCCUCGCGCAGGUGCUUACGGGUCUCGAGCCUCUAGGCACGCUGCACGUUCUCAACCUCUCCGCUGCUCUACCUAACCUUCCGUCGGAGCUCACCCUCUCUGGCUUCACGGUGUUGUCCGUUAUCCCCGCGGAAGACAUUUUGAUUGCGCAGAAACCUGCACAUUCCAUCGGCACCUCGUUCUCUGCCAGAACCGCUCCUGUUUCUCUGCCUCUCCGACGGAAGAUUGACUCGGAGCGUAAGGCAUCUAAGAAGGCGCUAUGGACUCUAAACGCACCGUCAACACCUUCCAUCGAUGCAGAGAGCCUCCUUACGCCCCAGGACCGUGAGCGACCGGCGACGUGCGAGCCUAUGACUCCGGGGGCGCCGCGGAGGAAGAAGGCGUGCAAGAACUGCACGUGCGGUUUGGCAGAGCUGGAGGCUGACGAGCUGGCGCAGACCAAGGUUGUCUUACUAGACGGUGCGGAGAGUGGCCAGACGAUGGAGGUGAUGCAGAGUGAGAAGGAGCGACUGAUCGCAGCUGCAGCUGGAGCUCCUAAGGCGACGAGCAGUUGCGGGAACUGCUAUCUUGGAGAUGCUUUCCGGUGUUCGAGCUGCCCUUACCGCGGCUUGCCUGCCUUUAAGCCCGGAGAGAAAGUCGAGAUAGAUUUCGGGAUGGAUGACAUUUAG